AUGACACAGCAGCUGAAAGAACAACUUAAGUUUGAUAUUGAAUGGGGUCACGAAAGAUUAGUUCGAGCACAGCAAACGGUGGAAGUGCGACCGUUCGAUGUAGAAUCAUGGUCCCUAUUGGUUCGCGAAGGGCAAAGCCGGCAUGUCAACGAGGUACGAUCUUUGUACGAAUCACUAGUCAGCGUGUUUCCCACUACUGCUCGAUAUUGGAAAGUUUAUAUCGAACAGGAGAUGAAAUACCGUAAUUAUGAACGUGUGGAGAAGCUGUUUCAGCGUUGUUUGGUGAAAAUUCUGAACAUCGAUCUGUGGAAGUUAUACUUAACCUAUGUCAAGGAAACAAAAGCUGGAUUGAGCACUCACAAAGAAAAGAUGGCACAGGCGUAUGAUUUUGCCCUGGAAAAAAUCGGAAUGGAUUUGCAUUCAUUUUCUAUUUGGACAGACUACAUUACAUUUCUGAAGAGUGUCGAGGCCGUGGGCAGUUAUGCUGAGAAUCAAAAAAUAACCGCCGUUCGAAAAGUCUACCAGCGAGCAGUGAUAACACCGAUUAUCGGCAUCGAGCAUUUAUGGAAGGAUUACAUCGCAUUUGAGCAAAACAUAAAUCCGAUCAUUUCCGAAAAAAUGAGCGUAGAGCGAUCGCGGGAUUACAUGAACGCAAGACGUGUUGCAAAAGAGCUUGAAAUUGUAACAAAAGGGCUGAACCGAAACCUUCCAGCCGUACCGCCAACAGUUACAAAGGAAGAAAUUAAACAGGUGGAUCUUUGGAAAAAAUAUGUUGCAUUUGAAAAGUCUAACCCAUUGCGUAGCGAAGACAAUGCGCUCGUAACUCGCCGUGUUAUGUUUGCAAUAGAGCAAUGUUUGCUCGUUCUCACACACCAUCCUGCAGUGUGGCAUCAAGCGGCACAAUACCUGGAUCAAAGCUCGAAACUACUCGUUGAAAAAGGGGAUCUUAACGCGGCUAAAGUGUUCAGUGAUGAAGCUGCAAAUAUUUUAGAGCGUGCCAUCAACUCAGUUUUGAGCAGAAACGCAUUGCUCUACUUUGCUUAUGCGGAUUUCGAAGAAGGGCGCUUGAAAUAUGAUAAAGUUCACCAGAUGUACAAUAAAUUCCUCGCUAUCACCGAUAUCGACCCCACAUUGGCAUACAUACAGUACAUGAAGUUUGCACGGCGAGCCGAAGGUAUAAAGUCGGCUAGGGCCGUCUUCAAGAAAGCUCGUGAAGACGUUCGCUCCACAUAUCAUGUGUUUGUGGCUGCCGCCCUAAUGGAAUACUAUUGCAGUAAAGACAAGGACAUUGCUUUUCGGAUAUUUGAAUUGGGUCUCAAACGAUUCGGUGGAUGUCCCGAAUACGUAAUGUGCUACAUUGAUUAUUUAUCCCAUCUGAACGAGGAUAACAAUACACGUGUGCUAUUUGAACGAGUGCUCUCAUCGGGCGGUUUAACGCCCCAACUCUCGGUCGAAGUGUGGAACCGGUUCCUAGAGUUUGAAUCCAACAUCGGCGAUCUGUCCAGCAUAGUAAAGGUCGAACGGCGCCGUAGUGCCGUGCUAGAGAAGUUAAAAGAGUUCGAAGGCAAGGAGACGGCCCAGUUAGUCGAUCGCUACAAAUUUCUCGAUCUCUAUCCGUGUUCUUCAUCGGAGCUGAAAUCAAUCGGGUACAGCGAAACGCACGGCAUGAUAAGCGUGACGGGCGUGAAACCGGCAGCGGCUCCCGUUCAAGAACAACCGGAGCAGCCUCCGCAGCUUGCAAGACCCGACUUCAGCCAGAUGAUACCGUACAAACCAAAACCGAACGCAUUUCCCGGAGAACAUCCGGUGCCCGGUGGAACGUUUCCUCAGCCAGCAGCGUUGGCCGCUUUGUGCGCUAUUUUACCACCACCCGUCAGUUUUCAAGGCCCAUUCGUAGCAGUGGAUAAACUAAUUGAAGUGUUUAACCGUAUACAACUUCCUGAGGUCCCACCACCGCCAAGUGAUGGAACACUCGACUCAAGAUUGUUUGAGCUAGCUAAAUCCGUACACUGGAUCGUGGACGACAGUACGUAUGCAAGCGAGGGUGGGCUCAAGCGGCGUCGUAUGGCUCCGGGUGGUGAAGACAGUGACGAAGAGGCAGUGGCUCCUGCCCCACCAGCUAACGAUAUCUAUCGAUUAAGGCAACAGAAGCGUUUCAAAUAAACGCAAAUCUCCAUAAUUAAAGGAUGGCAUUAUUUUGGUUUUGGAAUGGAUGUUCCACGGAGUGAAAGUAUGUGACUGUAAAAUAUAUACUAAGGCGAAUUAUGUCCACAUGCUGAGCUGAAACGUACCAUAUACAUUAGUGAUGGUCGGUGGUCAUGAUGAUAGGCUGAGGCUUACCAUGUCUUUGAGAGAAAAUAACAAUAAAA